AGUCACAUAACUACCGGAAACAUGUGUUUCAGCCAAUGAGCGAUUUGACAGCUGCGCACAAACUUCAUGCUAUUUACGUUUUAUUUUACCAUGUAACCAUUUAUCCUGCGUCAUUGUUAGUUGCUGUUAAUUUUCAUUGACAACUAGAAUUAUGGCGAGCGAAAUAUGUGAUAUUUUUGGAUAUGAGUUACUUUACAAAUUGGUAGAGAAGCAAAUCAAGAAGAAGGAUGACGUUCUGAUCACCCUUGUGCAUUGGUAUUUGAUCAAAAGUGGAUUCAGAUGUAUUGGCACUGGUGACGCGAAAAGCUUUGACUCAGCAGACACUGGUUCAGAAUUGCUACCCGAGGACUGGAAUCAAAAACCAAAUUACACUUUGCGAUAUUUGAAAGAAGGAAAAUUAUACAUUCUAAUCGGAACAAGAUCAGACGCAGAUUUACUUCUGAAUCUGAUGCGAAUCGAAGAUCACAGUGUGUCCAAUAUCCAGUUUGCUGUUGAUACAGAUGUAACUUCCUUGAAUGGAAAGCUAUCUACAUUGAUUCCAACAUUCCAAGCUGUUAUAAAAAUCAUCAAAACAGAUCUAGUCGAACCUGUUUACACAGGCAAUACCCGGGAAACAUACUCACAAACAGAGUCAGGAAGUUCUACCACCGAACACGUUGUACGGGACUAUGAUCCUCUAAGGGUAGAUCCACCUCGUAGGCCAGGCCCUGCUGUUCCUCGUUGGGACCCGUUGGCUGAUCCCAGAAAUGUGGGUAGAUCAGAUCUAGAUCCUUUUUCGGGCCCAUCACGUGGUGGAGGAAUGCUCUUUGAUCCGUUCGGCCCAAACCCAUUAGGACGCAGUCCGCUUGGUCCAAGAGUCCCAGGAGGUCCAGGGGGUUUAGGAGUUCCUGGGCGUUUGCCACCGGGUGCAGUUCCUCCUGGCGCACGUUUUGAUCCGUUUGGUCCUCCAGACAUCAAUCAGCCCCGAAUUCCAAGAGGACCUGACAAUGACCACCUACCACCUCCAGGAUACGAAGACAUGUUCAUGUAGACGACCAUAAUCGACUGUAAAAGGAUGACAUAUAGGGAUGCCUGAAUAUUUAAUAUGAAAGUGAAAACCUUUGAUACUUAUUUUUCCAAUAAAUUACUUUUAAAUUAG